AGUAUGUGAACAAAGACACGAUGCUGCUGAGGCUGUGCAAGUCAUGUCAAUACUGUCUGGAGACAAUGUACUGGAACUGCUGCGAGGAGAAAUUCUGCUUCGACAAGAAAAUAGCGACCUACAAAUUAGACGAUGAUCAAACAUACUCUAAUGGUCACGCCAACAUAGGCGCCAGUUUAGAUAGUGUGGUCACAGAACAACCCAUUAACAACAAUCAUUUACCACCACGUGCCAUUAUUGGAAGAGAACUGAACGAGCUACCAGUACACGUGGAUAAACUUUAUGAGGUUUUCUCUAAAUCGUUAAUAUUUAGAGAUGAUCAUGAACUCAAAGCGAAGAGCAGCGUGGAAUCCCUGGACGACUAUGAAACGAAAUCAGAACCUGACUAUCUAUCAGAUAAACCCAAUCGAACAAAAGUUUACUUUGAAGACGAAAUCAAUUCACCUGUUACAGAUUUCGAAAUCAUGUUCAAGGAUGAACUAUUAACCAAUUACGAUAUGUUUAAAAUUGAAGAAGAAGAGGAAAGUGAUAAAGGCAGCCAAGAUACUGAAGAGGGACUCACAAUGAAUGUCUCUGUUAAAAAACAGGAUGUUAUAAAACCUAGUACAGUAACAUUAAAAGAUGAAUCUAAAAUCACUACACUUAAUCCAAUUUACAAGUAUGAUCCUAUUUCAGUAGUUGCUUUACCUUCCACAUUAAGUAUACCAAGAGUAGAAAGCGUUAAGGGUAUUCUCAGAAGCAAUAGUACUAAAACUUUAGAGAGAGUAGACAGUGGGAACCGAAUAUCUAGACCUCAUCUGAAUCGAGUGGAAAGUUUCAAAAAUAUAGACCCUACAAAAAUCAACAGAGUGUUAUCAAGAGUGCCACAUAGAAGUGCAUCCUUCCUGAACAUUCCAGCAAAUUUGGCACCAGAGAAACCACCAUUAGUAAAGUCUAAGUCAAUGGUCGGUGUUCUAUCAGCGACAGAAGAGCUGAAACUUAGCAGUCUACCUGACACGCCAAUUAUAAAGAGUAAUAAUCUUCCAAGAUUCUUUGCUGAUGGUCCAUCAAUACCGGAAUAUAGAGGUGAUACAAGUCUACAGAGUAUAAAACAGAAAUCAGCGAUGAUGUUCCAGGAGAAUGAUUUCAGUAUGCCAAGAUAUUAUGGUACUCUAACUAAACCUACAGACCCUCUUCCGGUACAUGAAAGCAAGUCAAUGCCAGACUUAAGGAGUUCAGGUACAGCUGGAAAAUCUAGUAAAAGAUUAGUAAAGUUGAGAAGUAGAUUGAAACCUUUAGUCAUAAGGAAAAGUUCGGAAGAAAGAUUAUAGAAUUUUUAGAGGUAGUGAAACUAGUAUUAAAGUAUUACUUGAUAGGAGAAUAAAAUAGCCAAUGUUACUUAAAAUAUAUUAUGUAAUUUUUUGCCAUAAUAUUUUGAUGUAUAUCUUUAUUGAUAAAACUUAAUUUAGUAUGUUUACAGCAAAAUAUUGAAUUCUAUGUUAUAAUCACUGGGUCAUCAUCAUCACCAUCUGCUUCCUUCUUUUUAGUGGUCGUCGUAAUAUGUUUUUCUCUUCCAUUUCAUCCCUAUCCGCAGUCAUCUCGUUAUUUACUCCCUUUCUUAUAUCUUCUUUUCAGUCCACCCAUCUCUCAUUCGUCCUUUCUCCUCCCUUAUAAUCAUCCACAUUCAUAUGUAACACCUUCCAUAAGGUAUGAUCUUCCUUCCUACGCAUUACAUGCCCAUACCACGACAGACGAUUACUCUUCAACCUCUCCGACACCGGCGCCACUUUCAUACUUCCUCUAAUGCGUUCAUUCUUUAUUUAUAGUAGAGUCUUUAUUAUCACAUCAGGUACUAACUGAAUGUUAACUUUUGACUGUAAAACUCCUAAUUUAACCAGUAUGUGUACUUAUUUAUUUUAGUAAUUGUAAAUAAGAUAAGAAACCAUACGAAUAUUGUUUAAUUGUACAUAUAAAUUGGACAUUAUUACUUAAUUGUCUGUUGCAUUCUAUAAUUUAGAACCCUUUUUGAAUUAUAUACUAGCUACUCGCCCCAGUUUCGCACGGGUGUACAUGUAUUGUACAAAACUUCCUCUUGAAUCACUGUAUCUGUUAAAAAAAACCGUAUCGAAAUCUGUUGCGUAUUUUUUAAGAUUUAAGCAUACAUACUCGUAGGGACGGACAGACAGCGAAAGAGACUUAGUUUUAUACUAUGUAAUG